AUGUCUGACCCGGAAGACCGUCUCUUCGACAGCGAUGACGACGAUCUCGCCACCUUCACCUUUCAAGGUGCCGCUGCUGCUCGAGAUGGCGAUCAAGACGAGCCUCGUCCUUUCGAUCUUGCCGAUGUUCCUGCCUCGGUCGAGGCAGAAGAUGCCUUGCCUCAGAGCCAGAUCUUCGAGUCUCUCUUCAUGACCCAGGAUGGCGCACGUUCCACCGGUCGUACCUGGGAGCAGACAAAGGUACAGCCCAUCAAUCUCUCCGCCCUCGCCAGGACCUUCAAAAAGGGAGACAAAGCCGCCGCAAUAAAUUUAUUGCAUCGUCGCUCCCUUCUUCGCUUCGACAACGACUUGUGCUACGACAACGAAGACCAGAUGCUCUUGUGGGACGCCUCCAAUCAUUUCCUCGACUUUUGCCUCAUCGUAGGGGGAUCCAUUGGUUUGCACGCCUUGCUUCCGAACAAGCUCGUCGACCACACCUUUUCCAUCGCCCUCAACCUCUGUCUCCCCUCCCGUCUCUUUUGCCCCAAGUUCGGCAAGUUGGGCUUCGAUCCUACCGGGUGCAUGAUGGCCAUCGGCACCGGCCCUGCAUGCCAAUUCUGGUUGGCUUUUUGCCCGCAAGAAAACCUCGAUGACCUCGACAUCGCCAACAACGUCCCCCUCCUCAGCGAAAGACAACACGGCGACACCAGACUCUCCUCCUCUCACUUCCGCAUGGCCGUCAUGUUCAUGGCUUACGCAUUGUCCAGAAUCCCCAAUCUCCCCAUCUACGUCAUGCACCAUUACGGCACCGAUGACGACCUAAGCGCCUGGAGAAUCAAGGAUGUCUCCAACAUAUACUCGCAGGCAACUUGGGACUUGCGUCUCACAGAUUUGCAGGAGCUCAACAACAUAAUCGCAUCAGACUGGGAACAGUGGGUCGCAGAUGCACCCCGCUCUUGGAAAAAGGAUGGCUGGCUUCUCAGUCGCACCCCAGUAGCCAUCACCUGCCGUUACGGCCAGAACCAGCCGAUUGCAACCGCAACAGACCAAGCACAAGUCCUCGAAGCAAAGAAUUGGCACGCCGAGAGAUCGUAUUCCAACAUAAGGUACAUCUCCGUCGCUAUCGCCACAGACGUCUCAUGCUUGAGGGUCAAACGCUGGGAAGAGGUCCCAAAUGAAGACAUCAUCCUCCAGCAUGGCGUCGUCUACGACUCCCCAGACCCAGACGUCCGCGAAGAGGUAGACCUCGACCUUCUCCCUCAUCGCGAUCCACACACCACCCGCGAAAAUAACGUCUACGAGGAGAAUGGACGUCGCAUCCCUCGCCUCCAUGACCUUGCGGUCUCCUCGUCAACUUGGAGACAAUCUCCGAGUUGUUCUCCUCUUACAUUCCAGACCAUCCUGACGCUGCCACCGACGAAGACGCUUACGCAGGAGAACACACCUCCACCCCUUCCGUCUCCGUCUACCCCCAGGCUUUCCUUCGCACCAUGGGUCACAUCCAAUGCGACGCUGUCCUUCCCCACUUCGCCCCUUUCAUCUCAGACAUCCGUCGUGCCCACAUCCCGUAGACCUCGUGUAGUCGACUUGGACGACGACCAACCUUUGCCAGACGAGUACGACGUCUUCGGCGAGUCUCUCGAUGGCACCCAGGGCGUUCCCCCAGUCGUCAUUCCAAGCGCAUGCCAGUUCUAUAACGAGCUGUCCCAUCGCAUCCGUCCUUCCGCCGCUCUUCACGACGUGCAACAAGGCCGCAUCACUUCUGCUCUCGCAGGCGCAUACGGCAACGCCGCAACAAAGGUCACUCACAACACCAGAGUCCGUGAAUGCAAGAUGGCUCUUCCCCAUCAAAAAUACGACAACAAGAUCGCUCUCGACGACGUCCCUCGUGCCUUGCGCCUCGAAAACAUUUACAUCAUACAGUGCGACUCAAUCAAGCCCGAAAAACGCAACGGAAUGUCCAUAUAUAAAGACAUAAUCGUUCCCCUCGCGCGCGCCUGGUCUCAUCCCCACCUCUUCCAAGUCCUUCGCCCCCAUCUGUGCGUCUUCGCUUCCCAUGCUUUCCCUCAAGUAUAUCAGUGGACCACCUUCGGCAUCACUUCAUUGCUCGAACGCUUGUGGCUCACCAGCUUCCCAUUUUGGAAGCUGGUAAUAAGCCCAGACAUGAGGUCGUCGAGCUAUGCUCCGUUCUCGAACGCGCCCUCGCUUACGCCACCCACCGGCAACAGCCAGAGUCAUCGCCUCCAAGCUCAUGAGGCCCUUGUGGUUGGUUCAGAGCCUCUUCGAGCAGGGCCUCCCGACCUUUUCCCCUUCCGUGCCUCCGCUGAUUGGCCCACUUCCGACAAUCUCAACGUCCCCGCCAUCGCAUCCAAGCGUUCUCAAGUCUUGACUUACGGAAAUGAUCAUUUCGAGGCGAGUUCUCUUCCAUUCGUCCUCCUCAUCUCUCACUCCCCUUCGUCCGUCCCCUUUCAGGCGUACAAAGCCGGCUUUCAUAUAGAACUGUCCAUCAACAAACUAUCUCCCAACGUCUUCCUCCGGUACACCACCCAGGAGCGCCACUGCAUCGUCAUAGCUUUGGUCGCCUUGCGCUCUUACAUCGCCGACGUCAAGACCCUGGUCGCCACAGCCAUCAAGAAAGAAUGCGCCAGCGGCGCCAAGGACAUGGAAUGGACGUCGGUCCCAACAGAGACAAAGAUGUUUGAAGUCUUUGCAGAGGGGUUGGCGUGCGAUCAUCCCCUCGGCUACAAGGAAAAGGCUUACGCAGCUCUCCUUCGAUGCAUCGUCGUCGACCCCGACGACUUUUCAGAUGGCCUUCCCAAUUCCUCGAAGGAGAAGUUGGCGUCCAUGACUUCGCCGUUCGCAUAUGCGCCAUGA